AUGGAGAAAAUAGCACUAAUACAAAAUCCGCUUGAUUAUAUACGCCUAAAUAUGGAAGAAGAAAUAUUCCUUAAAUGUAAAGGGGAUAGAGAAAUAAGAGGAAAGUUAGAUGCAUAUGAUAACCACCUGAACAUGAUUCUAUCGAAUGCUCGCGAAUCAUACAAGCAGAACAUCGUCGAAAAUGAUGAGGAAUCUGUAAAGAAAAUAGAAAGAAGUUUAGACAUGGUUUUUGUUCGGGGAGAUUCUAUUAUCCUAGUGUCAUCUGUGAUGAAGUAG